CUUAUUGCUUGGAACUCUGGUGCUUCAACGCUUAAGUCGACAUCAGCAUGGCUCCAUCGUCGACAAAGAAAGCCAAGUUUGGCACGUCAUGGCCGGCGACAAACCCCACGAGCGCCGCCGCAUCAUGUCCGCCCAAGACGAAUGCCAACCUCCAAAAACUGGUCGCGCCACAUGUCGACUCGUUCAACUUCAUGCUGUCGGAAGGUUUGGACUACGCCGUGGCCAGCAUCUUGCCGUUGACCAUUGACGUCGGUCACGGCAACAAGAUGACUGUCUGGAUCGACAGCGUGCAAAUUGGAUACCCGACGUCCGACGCCACGGGCGGCCACUCGAAGACAUUGCUGCCCGCGGAAUGCCGCCAGCGCGGCAUCUCGUACACGGCGCCAUUGAUUGUCACGCUCGCUCGUUCGUUCGUGGGCGGGUCCACCACAGAGCACCUCCAGCGCACGGUGGGCCACAUUCCCAUCAUGGUGCGGUCGCAGCGGUGCCACUUGGCCAAUCUGUCGCCGCCAGAGCUGGUCAAAGCCCGCGAAGAGGCCAACGAAAUGGGCGGGUACUUUAUCUGCAAUGGCAACGAACGAUGCGUGCGGCUGCUGCAAAUGCCCCGCCGCCACCACAUCAUGGCCGUCCGUCGCGGCGCAUUCAGCAAGCGCGGCGACUUGUACUCGGAGCUCGGUGUCACCAUGCGCUGCGUCCGCCGCGACCAGAGCGCCGUGACCUUGACGCUGCACUACCUCCUCGACGGGAACGCCACCAUCCGUCUCGGCGUGCGCAAGCAGGAGUUUAUGGUACCCGCGGGGCUCCUCCUCAAGGCUCUGUACCCCCUCACGGACCGCGAGAUUUACGACCGCGUCGUCCGCGGCGACGUCGACAACACGUACCUGGCGGCCCGCAUGGAGCUCAUCCUGCGCGAGUCCAAGCGCUUCUCCGUGUACUCGCGCGACGAAGCAUUGGCAUAUCUCGGCAAACACUUUCGCCAUGUGCUGCCAUACUUGUCGACGGACAUGACCAACAUCCAAGUGGGCAACCGAUUUCUCGACGAGUAUGUCUUCGUGCAUAUUCAACCUGGUGAAAAAGGGCGGGCACAAAAGGUCGAGUUGCUAUGCUUGAUGCUGCGUAAGCUGUAUGCAUUUGCCAAAGGCGAUAUCCGCGAAGACAACCCGGAUUCGCUCAUGAACCACGAACUGCUCCUUCCAGGGCACUUGUACCUGAUGAUUCUCAAGGAACGCCUCCAAGACAUGCUAGCGUCGAUCCAAGGCCAGAUCGAAGGCGCCAAAGCCAAGCCCGCAGUCGUCGACGCAACCUACCUAAAGAAGGUGUGGGACCGGACACAAAACAUCGGUCACGCGCUGACUUACUUUUUGAAUACGGGCAACCUGCGCACGUCCAGCGGACUCGACCUCAUGCAGCUGGCGGGGUACACGGUCGUGGCGGAAAAGCUCAACUACUACCGCUACUUUUCUCACUUUCGCAGCGUCCAUCGCGGCCAGUUCUUUACAACCAUGAAAACCACCACGGUGCGGAAGCUCCUGCCCGACUCGUGGGGGUUCAUGUGCCCCGUGCACACGCCGGACGGGUCCCCGUGUGGGCUGCUCAACCACUUGGCCGUCGAGUGCCAGCUCGUCACGUCGCCGCCGUACACUCCCGAGACCGCCGCCGAUGAGGAGCUCAAGCUCGCGCGGUUCCUUGCAAACCUCGGCAUGAUUCCAUCGACGGGGUUUAGCGACGGAUCGUUCGUGGCACCGCAUCACUACCUUCCGGUCCUACUAAAUGGCAAACUCGUGGGCGCGGCGGCCGCGGCCGUGUGCGUCGAGCUCGAAGCCGCGCUCCGCUUCACCAAGGCCACGCCAGAGUCCCAUCUCCGCAAGGAGCGCGGGGUCGUGCCGACUCUGGAGGUGUGCUUGAUCCUACCGGUGGUAGGCGGGCCGUUCCCGGGCCUGUUUCUGUCGGCGGACGCGGCGCGGUUCACGCGGCCCGUGAAGCAGCGCAACACGUCGUGGAUCGAGCAUAUUGGCCCGAUGGAGCAGGUGUUUAUGAAUAUUGGCGUGCUCCCCGCCGACAUUCGCGACAGCACGACGCACAUGGAGAUCAAGCCGACCAAUAUGCUGUCGCUGGUGGCGAGUCUUACGCCGUUCAGUGAACACAACCAGAGUCCGCGGAAUAUGUACCAGUGCCAGAUGGCCAAGCAGACGAUGGGCACCCCCGCGCACUCGAUUCCGUACCGCACGGACAACAAAAUGUACCGCAUCCAGACGCCCCAAGCGCCGAUUGUGCACAACGAGCGGCUGCAAGAGUUUCAGCUCGAUGAGUACCCGUUAGGUACAAAUGCUGUCGUGGCCGUGAUCUCGUACACGGGUUUCGACAUGGAAGACGCGAUGAUUCUCAACAAGUCGAGCUAUGAACGAGGGUUUGGCCAUGCCUCCGUGUACAAGCAAAUUCAGGUGGACAUUGCACCGAAAGAGAACAGCACGACUAAGUCGUACUUUGGCAACGUCCAGCCAGACGGCGACGGCACGACCUUGUUCACGCCCAAGUUGGACGCCGAUGGGUUCCCCCACGUCGGGCAGCAUGUCGAAUAUGGCGAUCCCAUUGCGUGCCACAUCAACGAGACCACGGGCAAGGAGACGUUCCUCAAGCACAAGGAGACGGAGCCGGCCGUGAUCGACCAGAUCAACCUGCUCGGCAACGGCACGGGCGUCAACACGGCGCAAGCAACCAAGGCCAGCAUCAAGCUCCGUUUCGUGCGGAACCCGAUCAUCGGUGACAAGUUUUCAUCUCGCCAUGGGCAAAAGGGUGUGCUGUCGAUUCUGUGGCCGCAAGCUGACAUGCCAUUCGCCGAGUCUGGCAUGAGCCCGGACAUCAUCAUCAACCCCCACGCGUUCCCGUCGCGCAUGACGAUUGGGAUGCUCGUGGAGAGCAUGGCGGCCAAGGCCGGCGCCCUCCGCGGCGAGUACAUGGACGCGACCCCGUUCCAGUUUGACGAAGAACACCGUGCUAUUGACCAGUUCGGCAAGUACCUCAAGAAGGCUGGCUACAACUACAUGGGAAGCGAGCCGCUCUACUCGGGCCUUACCGGCACGGUCAUGCACGCCGACAUUUACAUGGGGGUCGUGUACUACCAGCGGUUGCGACACAUGGUCAGCGACAAGAGCCAGGUGCGCGCGACGGGGCCGAUGAACUCGCUGACGCGGCAGCCGCUCAAGGGACGUAAGAAGAAGGGUGGGAUCCGGUUUGGGGAGAUGGAGCGCGACUCGCUCUUGGCCCACGGGUGUGCGUUCCUCCUUCACGAUCGAUUGAUGAACUGCUCGGACAAACACAUUGCGACCGUGUGCACAAAGUGCGGCAGCUUGCUGUCUACGUGGACCGCGCGCGCAUCGGUGAGCGAGGCGGGGCAGUCGGACCAGUCCAUUCUGAGCAAAGAGCGACAGCAGUGGAUGUGCGCGACGUGCCGGACGGGCGACGGGUGCGAGGCUGUGGCCAUGCCAUAUGUGUUCCGAUACCUCGCCAACGAACUGGCCGCGAUGAACAUUAAGAUGACGCUGUCAUUGAAGGCGUGGUAGAAAGGGACAAGGAGAAAACGAACCCAGGAGAUACAAGAAUUGAAUAUGAUGAUGCAAAUAUAGAUGUCGACACGAAUGAGCGUUGGGGCACCAGUAGCAACGCUUAUGAGUUGAUUAUACAUCCCCAAACCAAGCCUCUGUCAUAGAGGUGGUGGUGGUGGUGGUGAUGAUGAUUCCAAAACUUGGGAGAUGCGGUAGAGCAAUGCGAUCGAACAGACUGAGCAUCAAUCCAGUACAUGCCGCGGUUCGCGGAAUCCCCACCUCGAUGCCGAAUCACUGUGGUCUCGUCGUCAUCGUGAGGUUGAUGCAGGACAAGACCAUGCCUGCAUCUCCACCUCCUUGCAAAUAGCGCCAUGGCAGGCCUUUCCAAGCCGUCUUCCUGGCACACGGACGCCUUGUGCUUGCUCGGACUUCUGACAUGGUCGGAAGUCGUUUCAG